CCCGUCCUGACCCCCGUCCUGACCCCUGCCCAUCCCCCUGCCCCAAAAUGGCCAGCUGCCCCCUGUACCCCCGCGGGGGGGGACCUCCUGGGUACCCAUAGAGCUACGUCUAAGGGUACCCAGGAGGUCCCCCGCGGGGUCUAUAUGGGGGGUUGGCGGUGGUAACUGAGGUGUGCUCUCGCGCGGACAAAAGACCCCCGAUCUCUCUUUGGCAGGCCUGCCGGGCUUUCCGCACCACUCUUACAUGCAUCUUUCACAUCGCACACUACGAAUCCUAUCCUUCAAAUUGAUGCGACGUCGACGAAACACUGGACGUGAAGCUGAGCAUUGUCUCCUCGCGGUGAAAGAUGACGAUGUGCUUGGUGCCCAGUGCCUUGGUGGAUUCCACAGUCGUGACGUGCAAGUCUUCCUUCAGUGCAUGACCGGCAAUAAUAUUGUUCGAUGGGUGCAGGUGAGGAGAGCAGGUGGCGACUGCUGCGCUCACGAGAACGCCUUGGCCACAAGCCUCGGGCCUUCCAUGGGAACGCCGAAGCGCCGGAGUCUCCGCUUGUGAGAAUCCGCCCGUCAAUCCGGCCAGGUCCCACCCAGAAGAGCCGCUUGCGGCCUGGGGUUCUACUCAGGCGAGUCUAAGGACCUAGCCGAACAGCGGCUCUGCGCGUGUCUGGAUCAAGCGGUGCUCGUACCCUCCACCCAUCUGCUCCGAACUAGGAUUUCAAAUGAUCUUCUGGGGCAUGUUCAAGAGUAGUACCGUGCCAAUUAGCCUGUCUAGACUGAUAUUCCAGCUCUUUGCCUGAUUUCAUACAACGACCGCUUUUCCAUGAAUUACAGAAGAGGGACAUGUCCGGAUAGAUCUUUGAGUGAGUGAUGGAUAAGCCGGGCACGAGACUACCAUCACUGAUCAGCUGUGCUGCUUUCACUCUCCCACCACACUCACGCUCGCCAUGACUCAAAUGACGUCGUCCAUACCGACUGUCUGACCUACGAGCGUUCCCUGCUCGACCCCGUGCCGCUCAUUCUCGCGCAAUAGCACGAUGCCAAGCCGGAAUUGUGCUGUUUAUAGUUCUUUCAGACUCGUACUUGGGCACGCUAUUUUCGACGGUGCGCUACCCGUGACAUUAAGCUUGAGCACCCGACCAGAUCCUUGCCGCUGCGUUGGGUGUCUGGGCUUUUGGGGAGGCACGUGUGUGAGUGGUUGCGAUGCACUGCAGCCGUUGUGGAACGAAAGAGGGAGGCUGUCCCGGUCUCCGCGGGACGCAUCGCCCUUCUCUCGAAAGCGCUCUGCUGACCCAUCGGAGUUGACUUCGGAAAAAUUCGGCUGCUUGAUCGAUCCAGCGCGCAUCGGCUCAGCUUAAAAAUGACAUGCGAUUGGGCUACGCCUCCCCUGCACAAGGUACUACAGACAGGAGCCGACGAUGGUACUAUCUGCGGAUCGCGAGAAAGCAGGACCAAAUGGCAAUUACCCGCCCUAAUUCUCCGCCGUCAAAACUGGCGUGGCACAUGGGUGUAUGCUAUUGUAUAGAUUAAAUUUGGCGACAUAUAAAACGUCCACUCUAAAUUGACUGUCUCCAGUACUCUUCUGCCCUCGACAAGAAAUACUACUAUACAACAAUGCGGACCGCUUUCCUCGCCAUUGCUCUCCAAGUUUGCGCGAUCACGGCUGCCGUGGUGAAACGAGCGACUGUCAACGAUGUCGCGACUCUAGGUUACGCGACCCUAAACGGAGGGACGAGCGGCGGCUCAGGUGGUCCCACGACGACCGUCACCACCCUCGAUGCCCUCACCUCGGCCGUCGCAGGAACCGCGAAGAAGAUCGUCCUGAUCUCAGGGACGAUUACGGGCAACGCUGUCGUGAGAGUCGGGUCGAAUACGACCGUCAUUGGAAAGACGGGAUCGUCUCUGGUCGGGGUUGGCCUGCGAGUGCUUAAUGAGCAAAACGUGAUCAUUCGAAAUGUCAAGAUCUCGAAAGUGCUCCACCCGGGGGAUGCGGUUGCCGUCCAGGCGUCCCAUCAGGUGUGGAUCGACCACGUGGACCUCUCGUCCGACCUCGACCACGGCAAGGACUUUUACGACGGUCUCUGUGAUCUUACCCACGGUGUCACCGGGAUCACGGUCACCAACAGCUUCCUGCACGACCACUUCAAGGCGUCGCUGAUCGGGCAUUCUGACAAGAACGGAGCGCAGGAUGUCGCCAUCACAGUCACCAUGGCCAACAACCUCUGGCGCAACGUCAACUCGCGCACACCGUCUCUCCGUUUCGGACACGGGCACGUGUUCAACAGCGUGUUUGACAGCGACAUCGAGACCAACAUCAACACCCGCGACGGCGCCCAGAUCCUCGUCCAGAACAACGUAUUCGUGAACACCAUUUUCGCGAUCGAGAGCACCGACGGCGGCUUCGCCGUCGCGACCGGAAACGACUUUGGCGGCGCUAACAACACCGCCCCCGUCGGCAACUUCACCACCCCGCCAUAUCCGUUCACUCUCCUCCCCACCUCCAGUGUAUUGGCCUCAGUCGAGAGCACGGCCGGACAGACUCUUACGUUCUGAUCAUCGGGGCUUUGCACGCUGGGACGCGCGCAGAUGGCAGCACGUUCAUUUGUACCGAGACUUGCAGAGAUUGUAUAAAUCGCAUCACAUUGUCAACUCAGGACUAGUGCGCCCCCGAAGUUGAGCCUCAUCCACUGGAGUGUCGACAGAAUCAUACAUUGG